CUCCGCGGCGCGCGCGUCGGGAUCGUCGCGCGCCCGGGACCGGGGUACGUCUCCGCGAUGCACGCGACGUGGAUGAACGGCGCGAUCGCGGUCCCGCUCGCGACGUCGCACGCCGCGGAAGAGACGACGCACGUCCUGAGAGACGCGGGCGUGCGCGUCGUCGCGCACGCGCCGGGCGGCGCCGCGUCGUCCGAUGACGUCGACGACGCGAGCGCGCGGCUGUACGCGAACGCCGGCGUCGCCGCCGCGGUCGUCGUGCCGCCGUUCGACGAUCGCGAUCGCGACGACGCGCGUCACGCCCGCCGCGACGACCGCGACGCCGGAUCCUCCGUCUGGAUCGACAACGCGCCGUCGGACCCCGCGUUGAUCAUCUACACGAGCGGCACCACCGGGAAACCGAAGGCGCGUCCUAUCUCACGCCGGUUCCCAUACGACCGCGGCGCGACGCACACGCACGCGUCCCUCGCGGCGCAGUGCGAUUCCCUCGCCGCCGCGUGGGAGUGGCGCGACGACGAUCUGAUCUACCACGCGCUGCCGCUGCAUCACAUCCACGGGAUCGUGAACGCGUGGAUGUGCGCGCACUACGUCGGCGCGCGCGUCGAGUUCGGCGGCGACGGAGCAGGAUUUUCCCCGCGACGGUUUUGGUCGCGGACGCGCGACGCGUCCGAGCCUCGGAUCACGGUGUUCAUGGGCGUGCCGACGAUGUACGUCAUGCUCUUGCGGACGCUGACCGCGCUCGAUCGGACGCCCGGCGCGCGCGAAACCGCGACCGAGGCGGUGAAGGCGCUCAGGUUGACCGUGAGCGGCUCGGCGGCGUGCCCCGUGCCGACGCAGACGGCGUGGAGAGAGACGACGGGCGGGGACGUCCUCCUCGAACGGUACGGGAUGACGGAGAUCGGGAUGGCGCUGUCGAACCCGCUGCGGGGGACGCGGACGCCGGGGGCGGUCGGGACGCCGCUGCCGGGCGUGGAGGUGAAGAUCGUCGAAGAGGAGCGAGCGGGCGAGGACGAGGAAGAACGUCGCGGCGUAUACGGCGGCGGCGAGUACGCGCGAGGCCCCGGGGAGCUGCUCGUUCGCGGCCCCGGCGUGUUCGACGGGUACUGGAACGACCCGGAGAAGACUCGGGACUCUUUCGACGACGAGGGGUACUUCAGGACCGGGGACACCGCGGCGGUGACGAGAGAGGGCGCGUACGUGAUCUUAGGCAGAACGUCCGUGGACGUGUUCAACACGGGCGGGCACAAGGUGUCCGCGCUCGAGAUCGAGGCGAAACUUUUGGAGCACCCGGAGGUGCGCGAGGUCGCGGUCGUGGGGCUGCCGGACGACGCGUACGGCGAGAUCGCCGCCGCGAUCGUCGUGUUGAGAGACGGCGACGGCGACGGCGGCGACGGCGGGGGCGGGGGCGGGGGCGAGAACGUCGACGUCGCGCGGGUGGUGGACGUCGGCGAGCGCGAACGCGACUUGAGAGCGUUUUGCGCGAAGGAUCUGGCGUCGCAUAAAGUCCCGCGGACGUUCGUCUUCGCGGAGAAGAUACCGAGGAACGCGAUGGGGAAGGUGAACAAGAAGACGCUCAGGAAGACGAUGUUCCCGACGGUUGACUUCUCGGCGUAGUAGGGUUUAACACAGUACGAUAGCGCGGUAGCAC